GGAGCCGCGGGCGAGCGGGCGCAGGAUGAGCGCUCGCGGCCCGGGCAGCCGGCUGCGGACGCGCCCCCCGAGUCCCCAGGCCUGCGCCCCACGCCCCCCGCGGCCCCGUGGCCCCGGCCCGGGUUGCGCCUUCCGCCGUGUCCAUCUAGCCUGCCUCGCCAGAGCCCCGUGGGCCAUGCCCGGCCGGCCCUGAGCGCGGGCCGGGGGGCGUCCCCUUGCGCUCGGGCCCCGCGCUGGCGCCCCCCGGGCCGCCCGGCGCAGGGGCCAUGGCGUUCACCUUCGCCGCGUUCUGCUACAUGCUCACCCUGGUGCUGUGCGCCUCCCUCAUCUUCUUUGUCAUCUGGCACAUUAUAGCCUUUGAUGAGCUUCGGACUGACUUCAAGAACCCCAUCGACCAGGGGAACCCAGCGCGGGCACGUGAACGUUUGAAAAACAUCGAACGUAUCUGCUGUCUACUGAGGAAGCUGGUGGUCCCAGAGUAUUCCAUCCAUGGGCUCUUCUGCCUGAUGUUUCUGUGUGCAGCAGAGUGGGUGACACUGGGCCUCAACAUCCCCCUCCUCUUCUACCACCUCUGGAGGUAUUUCCACCGCCCUGCGGAUGGCUCUGAGGUCAUGUAUGACGCCGUCUCCAUCAUGAAUGCCGACAUCCUCAACUACUGUCAAAAGGAGUCGUGGUGCAAACUGGCCUUCUACCUGCUCUCCUUCUUCUAUUACCUGUACAGUAUGGUUUAUACGUUGGUGAGUUUCUAAGGGGGAAGCCGGCCAGGGAGCAAGCCCAGAACGGACCGGACGCCUGUGCACCCCCAGCCCUGCCCCUUGGCCGCAGAGGCCUCAGCCCCGGGGAGGGAGGGGGCACUGGUGCCCCCAGCCUCUCAACCCCCAAAACUGCUGCUGCUGCGGGGACCCCCCCCCCGCCUUCAGAGCCCUCCUCCUUGGACUAGGGCUGGGCAGAGCUCCAUACAGGCCAGGGGCUCCUCUGCCAGCCAAAGGCAUGGCAGUCUGUCUCAGAAGGGGUGGGCCAUCGGGCCUUGGCCACUUCCUGGGAAACUUGGGCCCUGCCAUGGGGCAAGGUUUGACUCUGGGAAGUCUGGGCCGCCCCCCUCCAUCUCCACCCUGAGGCUCCCCCUGCAGGUGGGGGGGUACCCACACCGGGAAUGAGCAGGCUCAGCAGGGGGCAGCCCACUCCUAGUCUGCCCUCCCCUCCCAGGCUCUCUCUCUCUCCAGCCCUCUCCCUGUCUCUACUCCCUACCCCCCUGUCUCUUGGACCUAUUUUCUAUGUUGCCUGGAGGAGUCCAGCACCCCCUCCCCGGCCAUUUGUGACAAAAUAUGAAUAAACUACUGCAAAUAUGUG